CAACUGUAUUCAUGGCACUGAGGCGCCGCGGCUGCUGAAGGCUCCAGCACCGAGCAUCACCGUGAUUCACAGAGACGAGCUCCGCAUUUCACCGCCUGAAAACAGCGACAAACCCGAGUGACAGCUGCCUCUGUUCGCCACUGGAGAACACAGGCGUAAACGCACCAACUGUGCUGAACCCCUAUUUUGUUUGUUUGGGAUUACGUUUUGGAUUAACGCCUGUUUCCUCGUGUAAAAUACAUCGCGGAGAGAGCGAUGAGUGAAAAACAGUGGACAGUAAAGAUUUCGACCAAGUCCUGGAUGUGACGGUGAGGUGAGGCUGUGGAAAGCUGUCAAUCCUGACUGAGGGUUUGGUGAACGACGGGGGAAAGCCGAGUGGGAAUGGUGCGUUCAGGGUUCAUACCUUAGUUUGGUAAAGAAGCUACUGAUUGAUUCGAGCAGUUCUUUGCAUCAGAGGAUGGUGCCCGGGGCUCCUAGUACCGGUAUGCUCCCAGCGUCUGAAGCUGCAAAAAUCUACCAGACCAACUACGUGCGUAAUUCCCGUGCCAUCGGCGUGUUAUGGGCCAUCUUCACGAUCCUGUUUGCCAUUGUAAACGUAGUAUGCUUCAUCCAGCCUUACUGGAUCGGGGACGGCGUGGACACCCCUCAGGCGGGUUACUUCGGCCUCUUUCACUACUGCAUCGGCAACGGCUUGUCCCGGGACCUGACAUGUCAGGGGAGUUUUACUGAGUUCAGCUCCAUCCCGUCCGGUGCUUUUAAAGCCGCUUCCUUCUUCAUCGGGAUGUCCAUGGUGCUCGUGCUCACCUGCAUCGGCUGUUUCGCGCUCUUCUUCUUCUGCAGCACCGGCACAGUCUACAAGAUCUGCGGCUGGAUGCAGCUGGCAGCAGGUACCUGUCUGAUCCUGGGCUGCAUGAUCUACCCUGACGGCUGGGACAGUGAUGAGGUGAAGCGCAUGUGUGGGGAGCAGACGGAUAAAUACACUCUGGGGGCGUGCUCUGUGCGCUGGGCUUACAUCCUGGCCAUCAUGGGCAUCAUGGACGCCCUCAUCCUCUCCUUCCUUGCCUUUGUGCUAGGAAACCGCCAGGACAGCCUGAUGUCCGAGGAGCUGCUGGGAGACAAGGCUGGGAAUAAUGCGAUAUAAAUUCCGAAAGCACUGGAAACCAACUGGACUUGCUUCAAAGAGGGAUGCUGUUAAAUGUCUCUCCUACCGAAGCUUGAAGCACCACCAAGACAAGAUUAUCGAAGAAGGGAGACUUUAACAUGACUGGAAUUACCUUUUGUAAAAUAGGCUCUUUGUUUAACAGAAUGGACAUUGAUCCUGGGCUAUCAAAACAGACUUGACAAUGUUGGUACACCUCGCUGUUUAAAAAGUUAAGAGUGACAAAUGGAAGGAGAGGAAAUUAUUUUGUUGCUCCAGGACACUUGUUGAAUGGGAAACUACACAAGAGCAACAACCGUUCAAAUCGAAUCAAAUCAAAACAGACUUACAGACACAAAUAGACAUCAUCACAACUCGGGGUUACAGCUGUCAGCUCUUCUCUUGUCUUUAAUCAGCAGGACAUGAAAACCUAAACCGCUUUUGGAUCUGACCUUUCGUUCACCAACAAGACCAGCUUUGGGGUGUAGGGCCUGAUGACAAGAGUGCAGUCUUCAUGUAGUUAAUACGUGUUUGAUGUGAUAGAGUUGACAGAACUGAAAGAAAAAAAAAACAUUACAUUUUAAUGCACUUAAUGAAAAAAAAUGUAUUUAGUCUGUAUACCAUAUAUUGUUGUAUUUAUUUUGUUUUUUGCACUUUGUCUUGAAUUGAAAUGUAUACUUUGAAAAUGUCAAACUAAUUGUUCACAAGUGUAGUGUGCCAUACAGUAUUUUGUAUAGUAUGUGUUGGGCAGCACAUAAGGCAAAAAGACAAGCUAUAAUAUGGGAAAGAUUAACAUUAAUACCAUAACCACAUCUAAUUCUUUACAUUAACUAACAGAAUCAUGAAAAGCAUAAAUCACAUUAAACAAUUUAGACUUUAGUGUCACAUCUCUAUGUGAAUGUGCCUCCAUCCUUUUAUAUGCCCUGUUGCUUUUGGGAUAUUUUCCAGAAGUGGUGAAAAAAAAGAUGAUAAAAAUAUAUAGGGCUUUUUGUACAUACCUCAGAUGUAUUUCUACUCCUAAUAACACCAUGCAGUGACCAAAUGUCCCACUUUUGUCUUGUCUAAUAUGACAUAUGUGCUAACAAACAUAAAUGAUGUGAAAUAUUUAUAUACAUUAUGUGAGAAUUAAACAAAACGAUUU